UGUCCAGGAAACAUGUGGCUUGGACCAUUUUCACUAGUCACUUCGAUUUAGUUCUUGCAGAGACAGAUGGGAGGCGGAAAUCAUGGCGAGAGCGUCACGUACAAGGGCAUGACCUUGCAUAAGCCUAAGCGAUGGCACACCCUCACCGGCAAGGGCUUGUGCGCCGUCAUGUGGUUUUGGGUUCUCUACAGGGCUAAGCAAGAUGGUCCUGUAGUUUUGGGUUGGCGACAUCCUUGGGAGGGUCAUGAUGACCAUGGUCAUGGGCAUGAUCAUUAGGAAUCCAUUUGAAAAGCCAAAGGGAGAAGCCAUGAAGACUCUUCAGUGGAAUCCAUAGUUCGAAUGUCACCUGGAAUAUCCUUCUUGUUUCGUUUCACUCAAUAAACUCUUGUGACGGACAUAAUGCCGAUCAAAAUUUCAUGUUAAUUUGUUAGUUAAGGUCUUUUUUUCCUUUUUUUCCCAGUUCACAUGUAUUUGUGCACAUUUUGCUCCUAUGUUAUGUGAGGUUGUGAAUGGAUUUGAAUGAAUCGCGAAUUGCAUUAUCCAGAA